GUCAACCUCAAAAGCACUACAACUAUGUAGUCCCCGUGCUGGGUCAGCCCUGCUGGCUUCCUCUGUCAGAAUGCAACGCCCGUCUUCUCCCCAAUGUGCAGAGUCAAGGAAGGGAGAGUCACGAAGCCGGGCAGCUCUGGCGGUGGCGGCGCCCCGCCGCGACGGCGAGGCCGGCCGGCCAUCGACUGGACUCGCUCGCGGAAACGCCGGUUGCUCAGGCUGUACCUAUGCACUCCCGAGUCGGAGCUGUCGCUGAAGAAGAUCCUCGCGCUCCUGUCUGAAGGGCCUUUCCAGCCAAAGCCGCGGCAUACGCAGUGUCUCCUGAAUGACAUGCUGUCUAAGUCGUACCGUCAGAAGAGACCCAAGAACCGGGCGGUCAUGGCGGAACGGUUGGCCUAUCUGCGGUCCAUCAGAGACGGGAGGUUCCAGAUAGGACCGCACGCGGCUCGCAAGCAAGCGGUCGCCAAGGACUGCGCCAUCCUCCUGAAAUCCAACCCGGGCGGACGGAAGGCGCACAAUGUGCAGCUGGGAGACGCUAGCGGGGAGGCAGAGGAUCCCGACUCCCCCGGCUCGCCGACGGAUCAGAGGCCGGACACUGCGUCCAGCCCCAGCCGCAGAUCCCUGGAUAUGGGCGAGCCGAGGACCUCCCUGGAGGGCGCGGACACAGACGAGGAGGCACCUUCGCCCGAGUUGUUCAGGAACCCGUGGUCCACGUCCGAGGACGUCCGGGGCGAGAGAAUCGACUUCCUGAAGGAGCGAUGCCGCAGCCGGUCGUCCUCCUUCCUGGCCGAUGCGGCAAGCCUGUUCAGCGGCUUGUCCAUCCGAUCGGGCCUUUCACGCUCCUCGAGCGGAUCGUCCCGUCGGAGCUCCCGGUCGGUUCCGGGCCGUUCUGAGCCGUCGGGUUCUGCGUCGCUCGCCGACUGGGAUACAGACCGGCCGUCUACCGCCGUGUCCCUCACCGCGAGUCACGCAUGGUCGGGGGAGCUGCACCUGUCUCCUCUCCCCGCGGACUUGGCCUCGCCGCCAGCGGCGUGGGCAGACUGCCAAAGGGCAGCAGGCUCGUGGAGCCCGCAGCAGAGCAACUCUCAUACGCUCGAGAACCAGGAGCUGGUGCGAUUCUGCUGCGGCCAGGCGACGUGGUGUCUGCAUCAGCGCAUCUACGCGGUUCUGACGUCCGGCAGUCCGGCAGAAACCUUCGCCUGCACCGCGGCCGAGGUGGACACCCGCGACGGGCUGGGAAACACGGCGCUGCACGUCGCGGCGCGAUGGGCCGCGCCGGCGCCGGUCCUGCUGCGCAUCGCGGCGGUCGCGUCGUUCCCGGGCGCGGCCAACCACCGCAACGAGACGUUCCUGCACGUGCUGGACUCGGGCGCGCUGGCGCCCGGCGAGCUGGCCCACCUGAUCGAGUUCCUCGCCAGCCGCGGCGGCUUCGACUUCACCCACCGCGACGACGCGGGACGCAGCUUCGUCGACCGCCUGAUGCGCCGCCCGACCUUCUCCCUCGCGUCCCUGGAGGCCAUCUUCUCCCGCCUCUCCGAGCCGGACCGGCUCGCCCUCAUCCACCGCCACCGCCUCCUCGACGCGAUCCGAGCCCGCUUCUUCGGCCAGGGCGCGGCGACAACCCCCGCCCUUGCACAGCCCGCCGAAGCGGCCGCCUCCUACACCGCCUACUUCCUCGCACGGUACGGCACCGCCCACCGCGCCGUGUGAAUGCCUGGGCCCAGACGGCGCUCGAAUGUGGCGGUUGAGGCGAUGGCGGUGCCUCCUGCGGAAGGGUGGCGAGGCAUGUGGGCGUGGUGUU